AGUAGAAGAUAGCGUAAUCGUUGUUGUUGUUCCUCGUUGCUCCUCCUCCUUCUUGUUUCCGAAAUGAAGUAGCGGCUGCUCACGCUUGGCGGGAUUUCGCCAGCACCGCCACGGUUCUUGCUAGCACCCCUGCAAGGACCUUCUCGCCGUCAAGAUGGAGGCGCAGCGCGCGGAACAGAUCCGCUUGCACGGGGAAGCGCUAUCCGACUGCUUCACGCGCGUCCACCGGUUCGUCCGCGAUGUAAAAAAGAUCGAUCCCGAGAAACAAAGCUUUAAACGACGGUAGGCUUUUGAUACGCCGGCGCAAUUUGUCUUCACGCUAGAUGUACAUGCUCCUACCUGCUAUUGGUUUCGAUUGAUUGUUUUGCCAGAUAUUAGCUGCAUAUCACGACUUUAUAUACGAGUUUCAUCCAAAAAAGUAAAAGACCCAACUCAAAAAAUACACAAACAGCAUUGCGGAAAACUCCCUUUUAGACGGUGUUGGCCAGCUCGUCCGACAGCUGGAGCUUGCGGUGCAGGGGUUGAAGCAAGAGCAGCUUCACCAGUGCUUCGCGAUCGAGACGACAGAAACUAGUAGUGCCUCUACUUCAAGCAGCAGUGCAGUUAGCACCACCACGCCACCGACGAGGACUCCGCCGACGUUGUUGUCGCACCUGGUGAAUUUAAACACAGAGCUGCAGUCCUGCAAGACGGAGGAGAACCGGCAAGACGCGAGAUGGACGAAGUUGGAGAAAAUUUUCGGGGCCUGCCAUCACGUCGUCUCUACCUUCGAUCCGGAGCGGCGUGCGGGAAACAAAACGCCCAGAUGGAUGGCAGCGGCGCGGGAAAAAGCGGCAGGCGGCUUCAUCACUUCUGGUGGGUUGGAGGGAAGUCCAGGCACCAUGGGUGCUGGAGCUCUGGGUGGUCGGAACAAGAGGCUCUGGGGCGCCGGGUGGCAAGGCGGGCAGAAGUCCCCCAGAGGAAAUAACACUUCGGCUGCAUCAGGUUCUUCAUCCGGCGCAGCAUAUCACCAAAAUCACAAAACCUUCAAAUACCGAAGACGUCACACCGGCGCGGAUAGAAUUCUCCGCGACAACCACUCUGCGCCGACAGCUUUUGGCACAACUUCGUGGCAGGCAAGAUCUGGAGGUGUCGUGUUUGGCCGGGGAGGCGGAGGAGCGGCCUCCAAUGGAAUUAUUACAGGCAGAGGAGAACAUCAGACCACGUCCCGCUCCGACCUCCCGAUCGAAGUUCGGAAUUACCAGUUAGCCGCCGCGAAGCGUGCCUUCGCGACCUCGCAGCGACGCUGGAUCGAUGCCUGGCUGAAGCCGUUUGGGCAGAACAGACCCGUCUCCCAGCACGUGCAGGUGCUGCUGUUUCCGGUGUUGCCUACUUCGAGUGGUUGUUCAUUGCUCUUCUUUUUGCACAAGAUAGCAUUGGACGAAAAAUUCGACGCUGUUGUCCAACACCAGAGUGCCGGUGGCACGACGACCAGCAGCAGUACAACAACUGCUAAAACAAAAACGACAAAUGCGGAGAAACUAGAAUAUCUCGCCAACAUCAACUUUUUGUCCCGGAGCCUCGGAGAAGCGAGUUUGACCACGAUUGCGGACCGACAGGUCGCGGCGGAUAAAGCUGCGAAUGGUCGUGGGUGUGAUGUGAUCGAGUCGGCGAUGCGGCUGUUGAAGAAACAAAAAAAGCAGAUUUUAGAACUGGAGCUGCGCUCGACUGGUUGUGGUGGGGGGUCUUCAACACAAGCUUCUUCUUCUUCCGCAUCCCCGUCCAUCUCGGGCAAAAAUUACAAAUUUGAAGAUGAUUUUGAGCAAGACCACGACCUAGACGAUACCACGUCGAAUAUAAUUACCGACAGAAAAAUUUCCGACCGCGUGGUCGCACUGCAAGAAGAGAUCCACUACUACAACCUUUUCGUCCUCAACUUCGUGCGAGAACACGUCCGGGAGCUGGAGGCGGCGGUUGCGGAAGCUCUGGCCACCGAGGUAACAAAGAUUGCUGUGAGGGAACAGGACAAUGCGGCGAUGCAGGAAAUAACCGACUUGCGCGAACAGUACGAACAGGUGUUAAAAGAAGCCGCGACGUCUACUGGCGUCCUCGAGAACACUGCGGAAAAGCGCGCGGAUGUCAUCGCACACCUCUAUGAGUUCGCGCUGGAGGAGGGUGUUUCGUGUUGCGCUGAGCAGGCUGAAGAGAUCGAGGUCGUCGCGGUUGGGGGCGCGGAGGACGAGACGAGUGAACAAGCUGCAUCGGUUCCUGUGGUCACUGGAAAUAGAGAACCAGACUCCGAACAAACUACUGCCGCCACGACGAAGAGUCUUUGCAGCGUUCUCGAAUCCUGGCUCUCCUCCACUACUACCGCAAAUUCUACUGCGGAAUCCGUGCGGCUACGGCGCGAGCUCCAGUUCUUCGCUGAUAACAACAAUAACGAUAAGACCGCUACCGCUUCGAAGAUCACAACCCCCGCGCUUCUCUUUUUUAUCUACGACAUCACAAGAGAAGGGCCGGCAGAGGCGGACGUGGGAUCCGUUUUAGCGGAACUAUUCGAGGAGUGUCUGCAGCUCCGAGACAAGGUGUCGAAGUGCAACGAUGCGGGGGAGUGGCUGCAGAAUUCGGAGAAAUCUUUCCUGCAGUGCGUCGAGAAGGACAUACUCGGGGGGAGGAGAGAGAACUGGGCGCAGUGCAAGACCAGUUUGUUCCCCCACAAUGUUGAGACCAGCAAAGCGCAGGCUGCAGCAGAAACGACCGCGACUAAAGGUUGUACCUCCGGGAUGAACAGUGCUCGGAAAGUGUGGCUUUCCCGGGACGCGCGCGCGUUUUUGUCCUCACUUUCGCACGCGGAGAAGUCCUAUCCUGUGCAAAAGUAUCGUACUCGUAGUAAUCGCAGUCAUGCAUUACAAAUCUCCAUCCCAAGGCAAAACAGCAUGAUAAACUCCCUUUGUCGUGCUGAGCUAAUUUGUAUUGCAAUUACUACUAGUACGAUACUUUUGCAGUUCAUAAGUCCAGUUUGUUCGACCGCGUUUGUGAGUUCAACGAGGGCAUGGCACGGUAUGGCGUUCUCAAACGUUACAUUCUCAACUGUUACAUGAGUUUGUAAUGCAAGACUAGCACAGGUGAGAGGGAGAACCUUGCGCGCCUUGCAUUACAGGUUUGAUCCGUAUUACAGUGCUAUUUAGCCUUCCGAGAAUUUGUCAUGCGAAGCAGCUUGAUCGUCUGGCGGGUCAUGGUCAUUUUGCAUGACAAAUCAUGUAGCAGUUGAGAAUGUAACGUUUGGGAACCCCAUACACGGACAAUCCAGAGGAAAGAAGUGGAGCAUUACCAGCAACGGGAGCUGCGCACGAACGUGAAGGCGCUGAUCGCGGAAAAUGAGAAAUUGCGGGGGAAGUUGCGGACCGAGUUGGUCGCCGCGGGCCAGAAGAUUGUCGGGAAAAUAAACGAGAGUGGUUCUGCUUCGUUGGCAACAUCUUCUUCGAAAGUGAAAGACAACAACGCAGGAGCAACGGGUGGCGCAGCAGGGUCUUUCUCAGCCCCUACUGAUCAAAUAAAACCGCAGCAGAUGAAAGUCCUCACCGACCUGUCCGAGGGCGACGCCAUAAUACCGCCGGCUCCCCCCAUCGAUCUGGCCGCGCUGGAAGCGGAAGAAGCGGGCUCGGAGAAAAUUGCGUCCUUUCUUUCCAUAUCAAAUGCAAAAAUGUCUGGGUCUGGAAGAAUGCAUGUUUGUCAUGCUUGUCUGGAAUGACUCUUAAAUCUGUCAUGCACGUUACCCAAGAGCUCCAUUUUUCUGUGAUGCAGAAACGCAGUUUGUCAUGCAGAAUAGGCAACAUCUAGAAAGAAGCUCAGAAACUUGUCAUGCUUAGCCAUCACUUGUGGCCUCAUCAUGAGACGCCACCCAGCAGCACAAGUUUCCAGACCCAGACAUUUUUACACUUGAUAUUCCAAACUGGAUAACAGCGAAGCUAGGCUGUUGGAUUUGAUCUCCGAAAGCAAGGAACUCGAAUCCCUCGAUCAUUCAGGUUGUACUAGCACGGAAACGCUAGAAGUACUGGCGCAGAAAGCAGACGACAAAGUUUUUAACCUGGAACUCUUCGGCUUGCUUCUCGACAGCAACGAGGGGUUGGAGCGACGGAUCCGCACAUUGAACCGCGAAAUGGCCGCGCAGGUGUUGGUUCAAGAGAGUGCAUCUUCUUCAAACACCAGCAAAACCACAUCAAACCGCGGCGUUCCUCAACACAUCACUAACGAUGCGAAAGACCGGAAACAGCGACUUGGGACCUUGUUAAAAUCCGUGGAGCGCGGCGUUCCAUCCGCGACCUGGGCGAGGCGGAAAACCGCAGAUAAUAAUUCUAGUAAGACGCCUACCAGUUCUUGUGCAUCUACUUCGAGUGCAGCUGUUUCUGCUACAACUACUUUCGAGAUGAAAAAGUCGCGGUCACGGAAAGGCUCGACGUCUGAACUGCAAGACGACCACGACGGAGUCACUAGGGGCUCCGCCUGCAAUUCCACGAUCUCUACGACUGCGAGUAGCAGUAGUUCUCUGAGAUACAGCAACAGCUCCUCCACCGCUUCGAACAGUGUUGUGAACGCCAACAAGCUUUUCUCCCCACCAUCAAGAAGUACCAGAACCGGAGGACGUGACACCACGGUUAACAAUACUGCGAAUAAAGAAGACGAGUGGAAAGCGCAGCUACAGAACGACUACAACGUGCCUUGCGAAAGUGUGUCAACCCUCGGAGAAGCCAUCGUGAAAGUGCUGGACCUGACUCACUCGGAGUUGUUUCUCCUACCGCAACACGGGUUUGAAGAGUUCGCAAACGGCGGAAUGAUGUUGAGAAAAAACGCAGCUGGUGCAGCUACCCAAACUCCUGACAGCACCGAUGUCGGUGGUCGGUAUGGAAGCGUCAGGAUUGAAAUCGUCACUCAAAGUUGAAAUGAUUUCUCAUGCAGAAAUUGCAAGGCAUCAAGUGCCUCUCUUGCAGGGACGACAAGUGAGGCCGACUGUCAGCCUGUUUGGGGUCUGCGGUAAUGCUGCUAAACUAGCAUGACAAAAGACGCCUUCUGUUCCUAAACUGCAUGACAAACUGGAUUUAGUUGGUGCAGAAAUUUGUCAUGCGCCGCUUGAAAAUUGUGCUUCCAACUGGUAUCGAUUUUAUGCAUUACAAGUUAUUUCAACCUUGUCGAUUUCGAUCCUGACACUCCCAUAGUCGGUACCAGCGGUGUAUGGACGCCAGGGUGCUGAAAAAAGUCUCAGAGUCGAUUCUGGUCGAAAACGAAGAUGAUCUCCUGAGAGUUUCAAGUAGAACAUCUUCCUCUUCGUCGUCGGGAAGUAGCUCGUCCUCUAGUUCGUCUAGCAUGAUCUUCCCGGAUGAAGUAGAAGAUCAGGAGCCGCUAAUUGCAAGGGCCGGAGCCAGAAUCGAGAAGAAGUGUCUUUGCCUGUUUUCGCGGUCUUCUUUAUCGACGUUCUCGGGAGGUGAAGAUCGGGACGAUGAACGAGAACAAAUUGAAGACCACGCAUUAGUCAACAAAACUCCAACAGCCUUGGCGCUGAUUGAGUACGGUGGCGAUGGCCUUCCUUCCUCCGCGGCAUCGACCUAUUCCUGGGUGGUGAUGACAUUGACAAACUUGCUGAACGACGAGAACAGUACGUGCAGUAGAUCGAGCUCGUCGCAUCAUGAUCAAGAUGUUCAUCAUGUUCUUGGUGACGAAAAAAAUACUACGCCUGCCUGCUACACCGUCCUGAUGAAAUACCCGGUCACUUGCCUCCCAGACGGCCUCUUCGAGCUUCCCAGCAAGUUUGACCCCGAACAAGCAGGGGUAGAAGUUGUUCCGGAUAAUGGUGGCGAGAGACCACGAGGACCUGAUGGUCAUGUUACUGCUGUUUCUCUUCCUGUCGUUUCGUGUUCUCGCCAACGUUUCGACAUUGUGCAGGUGGAGAAUUUCAACACCAAAAGCCCCUUCAUAUCCUGUGCAAAAUUAUCGUACUCGUACAAAUGCAUUACAAAUUUUCUCAGCAUGAGAAAUAAAAUUUGUAAUGCUGAUCUACCUCAACAAAAAGAUUUGUAAUGCAUGAUCGCAAUACGAUUACGAGUGCGAUACUUUUGCACAGGACACUUCACCGAUAUCGACAUCUUCACGGACGCAGCGACCUAUUAAAUGCAAAAAUGUCUGGGUCUGGAAGGUUGCCAGGCCUAUCAUGCAUAUUUUGCAUGACCCAGGAGGUCUGUAAUGCAUGACCUAGCAUCACAGAUUUUGAGAGGCGUUACUGAUGCCUAUUCCGCAUGGGAAAUACCGUCUCCAUGUGGGACAAAGUGAACUCUUCUUGCUGGUCAUGCAAUGCAGAUUUUUUUGCAGUCCAGAGUUAGCAUCACAAGUUCCAACCUUCCAGACCCAGACACCUUUGCAAUCCAUACGACCUAUUCCCAAGCGCGAGAGCAGCAGGAGCACUUUCUGCGGGUGGACGCGCAAGUGAGUAAAGUGUUCGUGUGGGUGAGCAGCUACAGCAACGACUUGAGCCGGAGGUAUUCGGGGGUCUACGCGAAAAACAACCAUCCGGCGUUUCCGUAUUUUCUUACCUUGGAGGAAUCCGCAGACUCGUUAAAGGCGAAAAACUGGAGCACUGACGACGCCAAACAUCGCGCGGUGGGACUGGUGCCUCACUUCAUUUCAUCCGGGUUCGGAACGGCGUCUGGUACUGGUGCCACGCCCCUUUCCACCCCGUCGAAGACGCCCACCAGCUCAAGCUCUUCCUCCACUUCUGCGUCGACCUCUACAUCCAAACGCACAGUUAACUGCGAUUUGCGGUGGUACUUGGCGGAAAUCGACCCACUGCAGGGGUAUCUAUCCACAGGAAUUUUUUUCCCAUACACGUAGAAAUGUGGCUCCCGCAUGACAAACUUUUCCUACGGAUCCUCUUCCGCAUGACAAGUUGCUUCGUCUAAGUCCGUGAAAUGAUUUAUGAUGCAUUUUGUCCAUGUAUGGGGAUAAAUUUGUAUUGCAUAGUAGCAGCCCAAUUUGAACAAGCAACCGCAGAUCCAGGGUUUACUAGAAACACCCGUUUCGGCGAACAACAGCGAUAUCCUCUGGUUGCAAAUCGACCCCGAGCACAUGUUCAAACAGGACGACCUACGGCUGUCCUUUGAGGGGGACCAGCGGUGGACGCUGUUGCAGCAGUACUAUGGUCCAAACGGGAUCUUCCCCCGAUAUAACAAGACCAAUUCGACGGACCAGGUGGAACAGUUGCAGAGCCAAACACCCGGACAGACCCCGACGGCGGCGGGGGGAAGGGGUGGAGGUGCUGCGUCUGGCCGGAGUAGCAGCAGCAGCGGUAAUUCUAGUGCUUGUGCCUCCUCUACUUCGUCAUCUUCAACGUCAUCAAGUAGUUCUUCCAGCAGUAGCUCCAAUAGGUCUUCGAGUAAGAAGAAGAACGGUCUACCACAGUACACGCCUUUCUGCGAGUAUCCAAGAAAAAAAGUUUGUUAGUGUAUUAACUAUCUUCGGCUGAGGACAGCAUCACAAAUUUGCUCUACAUGACUGAGUAAUAAACCUGUCAUGCGUGGCUUGUAAGGGAAAACACACACGAAAAGACGACUACAUGGUUGUCUGGCAUGUUGACAGGUGUCAGAACUCUGUUGCAUGUUCUGCAUUUUUACAGAGUUACACUUACACAGUUUUUUUCUUGCAUAGCGAGUACGACGAACGAGAAUUUUUCGACCUCUACUCCGUCACCGUCGGCGUGUUUCAGGAUGAGGCCGCGUAUCCUGUGCAAAAGUAUCGUACUCGUACUAAUUGCAUUUAUGCAUGACAAAUCUUGUCCUUAAGGUAAAGUAGCACGACUACAAAUUCCAUUCUUAAUGCUGAGAAAAUUUGUAAUGCAUUUAUACGAGUACGAUACUUUUGCAAUUCAUACCGCGUGGCUGACGUUUAUGCAGGGCUUCGAAUCCUCCGGCGCGAAGUGCACCGCGAAAACGGUACAAAAGAGGCUACCACCACCCUCGAAAAAAAGGAAUUACUACGGGAAUCUCGGAGGAGGAGGUCGUGGCGGGGACCUGCUCCAGGGAAGUAGAGGUGGCGCAAGCUCCAGGGCCAGAAAUCACAAUAACGCUGCUGACGAUCGCGGUCGAGGAAACAGAGGACCACGUGGAGGUGGAGAUCCUAGUGAAGACGAUGACAGUUUCGUGAACGGCACCAGGGUUAUUGUCCCAGAACAAGACCGGAAGUGCUGCGCUGGCCUACUUGGCAAUAUUAACAGCAAAAGAGGACCACGCGGCGCUGCUUCGCGAGGUCAACAGCAACAUCAAGAAAGUGGCGACUUUCUCUCCGCUUCCCCGCCAACACACCGGUCCAGGUUGAGUCCGUUACUAGGGGGCAUUUUCGGCGGCUGCGCGAUUUCUACCCCCAGCCGGGAAAGAACAUCAGAAGAGGUUGGGGAGUUCGAGUUGCGGGAGCAUCCGCAAAGUGCGAAAAACACACCAUCGCCCGGCGCGGCGGAUGGUGGUCGUGCUGGGAAGAGCAAGUCGAAGAGAGGAGCUGCUGAGGAAGUGGAUCUAAGGAACAAUGGCACGCGCACGCUGCAGAAAUCUCACAGCGCCGAACAGAGCACUAGUCAGGAGCCGCGGAAAGACCGGCGGGCGGCGCAAGACGCGAACAUCAAGCACCAGAUAUCCUGAGUAAAAACGUCCCCACACCAUUUUCAAGAUGGGGAAUCGGCUAGACAAAUCCACAAGUUUUGGCUGUUUUGCAUGACAAAUUUGGAUUCGUAGUGUAGUGCUGUCUGAGCUAGCUCAGGAGCAUCACAGAUCUAGCAUACCAUGCUGAUUGGAGCAUGACAAAUUGCAAAGCACGACUAUAAAAUGCUUCUCUUGGGGCUCCGCAUGAGAAACAUUUUCAGCAUGCAGAUUUGCAUUACAAAUACAACUAUUGGGUGGGGACGUUUUUAAAUAGGAUACCAGAAAGAGAAGUCCAGGACGACUAGGACGAAAAGAAAUCCUAUCGCAAGAAAAAAGUGUUACAGUUACACAUUGUGUUGCAGGCCAAGCAAGACAGACAAGCUCUGUCAUGCCGGAUAUGCAUAGGAGCCUCGUUUCAUAGGUGUUUUGCCGUAGGAUUUCUGCAUUACAAGUUUUCUCUCUCAUGCAGGGACAUUUGUGUUGCUGAAUUCACUACAAAUGUGUAACUGUAACACUUUUUUCGUGGGAUAAAUCCGGCCGAUGGAGGCGGAACCACAAGAGUUCAGGCUACCGGAGAUGCGCAUCGUGAUACUACAACCUCAAAGCCCCAGAAAUACCCAAACAGCGCGUCAAAACGGUCCGGCGCACUCGCCAGCUCUCCGGCAAUCGCCUGCUCCCCGAGCUCCCCCUCCCACCCCGGGGUUCUCUCGACCGUCGAGGUCGCGAUUGCCAGCAAAACCGAGGAAGACUGCACCAUGAACUACCUCGGCUGGAAAGCGAAGGAGCUAUUUCCGCCGAUAGACGACACGGAACGCGUGCAGAUCCGGGUCGGCGUGAGGCGACGCGCGUUGACACGAUACAACGGAAUCUACCGGAAAAUCGUGGUUUCGACGACCCAAGAUGACUCUAGUAUUCUUGGCGAAACCACAUCAAGACAACUCCCCAUCUUUGUCCAGGAGCUCCACGAAGCGGUGCUUCCCGACGGCAGCUCGUCUCCGAAACUGCAGGUGUUAAGACCCGGUCACGGCGCGUCGACGUGGACCACGAGUUCUCCUGCGCACGCGAUGCCGGCCGCGGCGCUAUUCCCCUUUUACGGGUCUGAUAGGAACGAUAAGAUCGGGUGGUAUCUGACCCACGUGCGGUACGACAAGGAGCUGAAGCAAUUCUCCUGUUACAACCCGAACAGCAAGAAGCAGCCGGCGCUCGCGAACCUUCGCGGGACGAUGUGCCAUGAGGAUUCGCAGUACAUUUUUCUGCUCGAAAACGUCGAUUUCAGUGGCACGCAGGACUGGUACUGCAUCCAGCAGCACUGGGACAGUAGCGGGAACCCCUUGGAUGACGGGAAGAAACCGCCGAAGCGGGGACAGUACUUCGGCAGCGAACACGGGAAGAAGACGGCGACACUGCGGGACCUGAUGGGGUUCGUCACCGCGGGGUUAUGAACUGCAAAAGUAUCGCACUCGUAUAAGUGCACUGCAAAUUUCCUCAGCAUGAGAAAUAAAAUCUGUAAUGCGGAAAUGCCUCAAGAAAAAGAUUUGUAAUGCAAGACUUGCAUUUAUAUAUACGAAUACGAUACUUCUGCACAGGAUAGGGGUGGGUAAGGGUCGACGUCGAGCCGAUGCGAAGUAGAGCACCUGCUUCGGGCUUGAACAAUAAUACAACCAAUAGAAGUCCAUUUUCUUCGCCGGUAGCAACUGCGGGGGGUGGCGGACUUUCGGCGAAAAAAAAGACGAGCAGUCCCAGUGCGGUGCUGCAGUCGCCGAAAUGAAUCCCCUGAUGAACAAUCAGGCAGAGCUGCGGGUCGCGACCGAGAGGGAGCAGCCAGUCGUGUAAGAAAAUUUUGUCACAAAAAUAGAAACAUUUGCAUAGUCGUGCUACCUUUAUCAAUCUUAGAUUAAUCUCAAUGUAGAAGUGUCCAAAGCUGGAAAAGUGUUUACCUCUCGUGAUUAUAUUUGAAAAAAAAACAAUAUAUAAUAUACCAAAACUGUUGGACUUUGAACACACCUGCCACACUGAGCGAACAAAGCUCCUACCUUCCGAGGUCUUUCAAUCACCACAAACGCUUCAAUCUCUCAGCAGACAGGGCGAAAGCCUCUGGCUGCGUUGCGUCCUGUGAGGAUUCAUCAUUCAAGGCCCGCGGUCAUUCGUCAUACAUCAUCUCAUCGCAGGCUCUGAGGCUUCAGGUCUCUAGGUAUUCUGGGACCUAUUUCCCACUCUGCAUCUUGAGACUUGACCGAGGAAGGAGAUCCCUGAUAGAGUUUUGAUCAAGGUUUUGGCCAGAUUCUGGGAUCUUGGGAGGUCGGCCAGAUCGAUACCGUAGAAGCCUGCGUAGGUAAAGUUUCGAUCUAGGGCGGCCGUCCUGGGUAAAGUUUUAGCAAGGACGGACGUCCUAAGUAAAACCCUAACCCGGGAGCUACCAAGCCUGAGGACAAAACCUGAAUCAUCUGAGGAGCCUGAUCUGCUCCCGGAUCUCCUCAGCUCAUCGCUUGCAUUUGGGGAGCAGGCAUGUCGGGAUCUCAUAGAAGUUGCAGUCUUGCGUGGAGGUAGGGUUUGGAUCACAUGACCAACAAAAACCAAGAACAGGAAUACAGCAGCAAGAUGAAACUUGAGCAAAAGCGUCGAGAAUAAUAAAUCGUCACCAUGCCGCUUUUACACGACCGACCGAGCACCUGCACCCACGAAGAUGAGCAGAGAGUGACACUCACACUCCUCGUCGUUGAAGGCCACAUCUUGUAAUAUCAACAUUAGCAUACAAUGCACCGGAGCUACUCAGCUGAGCGUAGGCAACACAAGUUGAGAUUUUGGAGAUAUAGACACACAGCAAGACCAAGAGUCGCAACCUCGUUGGCUGGGUGCAGAAGGAAAAUUUUUGAAAAUGGAAAUGAAUCAAUAUGAAACCUUCGAGUGGCUGUAUCAUGUUGGUACAAAGAGAAAAUCCUCCAAGAAACAAGAACCUCCUUUAAUACGCAACGCUCUGUGCUGCGAAGUCUCUCACUAGUGAAGGUCUUGGCCAGUCGUUUG